AUGCGCCGCAAGAAGGUCAAUUGUUUCAUUGAUGAUAAACUGGAAAGAGGGGAGGAGAUCACUCCUUCGCUCUUGAGAGCAAUUGAGCAAUCAGCGAUUUUGGUGGUGAUCUUCUCAAAGAAAUAUGGAUCAUCUCCUUGGUGUGUGGAUGAAUUGGCCAAAACCCUUGAUUGCAGGAACAGGUACGGCCAGGUUGUUCUGUUAGUUUUCUAUCGCGUGGAUCCAUCUGCUGUGGAUCAACAUAUUGGGAGCUUUGCAGACAAGGUGCCAAGCUGGAGAAGUGUGCUAACCACAGCUGCUAAAUAUAUCUGGAUGGGACUCCCAAGCCAAGUCAUUAGCUUUCAAGGGAACUGCCCCAAGAAAGAUUUUGUGGAGGAAUCCAACACGGUGGUGGAUUAUUCACAAGGCAACCCUUUAGCCCUUAAAGUUUUGGGUUCCUUCUUCCUGGACAGAACAAAUGGAUUUUGGGAAAAUGCACUGGCUAAGAUUGAAAGAACUUUUCGCCCAGAAAUUCAUGAUGUAUUGAGGUUAAGUUUUGAUGGAUUAACCGAUGAGGAGAAGAGCAUAUUUCUCGACGUUGCUUGCUUCUUAAUCUGA